GUUCCAAACAACCGCUCUUUCAGGCACGCCACACAACGUCUCAAAACGGCAGAUGGCCAAAGCCAAAGGCAAGAAAACGUCGCUCAAGGCCGCUCUAUCCUCUCAGCAAUCCAGGUUGAAGAAAAAGCAGGAGUUCGUCCAUGCAGAGCAAGCCGAGAAGGCGAAGCAAAGCGCACGGGCGAAAGGCAAGGCGAAGGCUCUGCCGCCUCGACCGACCAUUCCCUUCGAUCCGACAGAUCGCAUCUUGCUGAUUGGAGAGGGAACUUCUCAUUCGCCCGCGCCCUCGUUUUCGACGCACCUAGUGCUCUUGAGUUUCUACCUCCCGGAAAUGUCGCGGCCACUGCCUACGAUAGCGAGGAUAAUGCUAUUCGAAGUAUCCGGACGCGCAGGGUAUCGUGGACGCCUCAGGAAGAAGGGCGUACAGGUCCUGUUCAACGUCGAUGCUACCAAACUGGAGAAAUGCGCCGUGUUGAAAGGAACGAAGUGGGACAAGAUCGUGUGGAACUUCCCUCAUGCCGGUAAAGGCAUCACAGAUCAGGACCGCAAUAUCUUAGCAAACCAAGUUUUGAUAUUGGACUUCCUCCGUUCUGCUGCACCUCUCCUUACAUCGGGUCCAGUACCGACUAUCAUGCGACCUCGGAAACGAAAAGCGGACCCCGAUGAGGAUGAGGAUGACGCUCCUGAUCACGCAGAGGAAGCAGACGCAAACAAUCUUACGAGCCCGCGGGGCAGCAUCCUCAUCACGCUGCGCAACGUCCCUCCAUACACACACUGGGAUGUCCCAAAAAUGGCGAAAAAUCCGCCCCCGCCUACUACAUCGUCUUUAGGCCCGCCGAAUCCGCGCUAUGUGCAGUUACGUUCGUUCGUGUUCCAUAGACGGCUUUGGAUGGGUUACGAACACCGUAUGACGAAGGGCGAGCGGGCACAUGGGCAGGGCAAGACGGGCGAGGGGGGUGAGGAUCGUACAUGGCAGUUCUGCCUGGCGGACUAGCCGGCGUCUUGGAACACGUAUGUUAGCUCAAAAAUCUCGGCGGUAGAAGUACUGUCUGCGUUGU